UUAUUUAUUCACCGUAUCAUAGCAACGAAAUCCAACAAGUCCAACGGCAUUAGAAGGAAGGGGGCGCGAGAGAUGAGGCAGCGAUAUGACUUGGUGUUCCCGAAGCUCGCCAUGGCGGCGCCGCCGCCGCUCCUCCUCUUCUCGCUGCUGCUGCUGCUUGCUUCACCGGGCGCGGUCGGCGUGUGGCUGAACCUGCCUUCGUCGGGUACCAAGUGCGUGUCGGAGGAGAUUCAGCCGAACGUGGUGGUGCUGGCCGACUACGCCGUUGUCCGCGAGGGCGAUCACGCUGAUAACCUCACCACUCUCGCCGUCAAAGUUACAUCACCUUAUGGAUACACACUUCAUGAGAAAGGUCAAGUUACUACAGGUCAGUUUGCGUUCACCACAACUGAGGCAGGCAACUAUUUGGCAUGUUUCUGGAUAGAUAGCAGCGACAAAGGCAUAGGGGCAAGUGUUAACCUAGACUGGAAGAUUGGAAUAGCAGCCAAGGAUUGGAAUUCUGUUGCUAAGAAGGAAAAUAUUGAGGGUGUUGAACUAGAGCUGACAAAACUAGAAGCAGCUGUGCAUGCAAUCCAUGACAACUUGUUAUAUCUUAGGUUCAGGGAAGCAGAGAUGAGGACGGUGAGCGAGAAAACAAAUUCAAGGGUUGCAUGGUUGAGUAUUUUGUCACUUGGGGUUUGCAUCUCAGUCUCCAUCUUACAACUAUGGCACUUGAAGGGCUACUUUCAAAAGAAGAAGCUUAUAUAAAACAAUGUUUUGCAUGGUCUUUGUUCUUUAAUUUUUAUUUUAGAAUUUUGGAUUAGAUAAGAAACUUUUAUUUUCUAAACGCUUAUGCUUGUAUACUAGAAGUUGGAUUUUAUGGAUUGGCAAAUUUUUGAGCUGAAAUCUUUCAUUAUUUAUUCUGUUGAGAUUUA